AUGUCCCAGGGCAUAAUUGUCUGUCGCAAACAAACUUUUGGCUCUUUGGGCCUACACAACAUACUGCCCAGAAGUUCAUCAGGCGGAUGGGAGCCUCAGGUGAAAGUCUUUGAUGGUCGAAUGUGCGUCUGCGAGCUCAUGAGUAAAAUUGAUGACUUACCGUGGUAUCGAAUAGUUUUUGAGUGGACCAAUGACGACGCCGGGGACAAGCAGCGAUUUUUCAGUCACACCAUGAUAAUGAAGGGCACUCGGGACUUAAACAAGACAGUGCAGACCUGCGGAGAGUAUUUCGAAGUCUUGAUGGAGUGCUCAAAUGAGAAAUGGGUUGCCUUAGAACUGCGAAUAGCGGACAUGCGGGAAGACCAAAAAUUCCGUGAUCUUUUAUUCCGGAUACGAGAAGAGUACGAGAUGAUAGAUGAACUGAUGGGCAGCAGUGAUUCCUCAGACUUUGGUGAUUUUGUUGGAUAG